GUUAGAAGCUGGUUUCGCCUUGCAAACAACUGUCUCUCUCUCGCUCGCUAUUUUUUUCUUCAGGACAUUAUUUUUUGAUGGGUGUUGAAGGAGCAAAAAUGGCGUCGAAUCUCCUGAAAGCUCUGAUCCGAUCGCAGAUUCUCCCAUCUCCGAGGAGGAACUUUAGCGUGGCGGCGGCUAGCAUUCAGCUCGGCAUUCCAACAGACGAUUUAGUCGGAAACCACACGGCCAAAUGGAUGCAGGAUAGGAGCAAGAAGUCACCAAUGGAACUGAUCAAUGAGGUUCCACCUAUCAAGGUUGUUGGAAGGACUGCUGCUUGUGAAGGAGACACCAAUCCAGCACUGGGUCAUCCAAUUGAGUUCAUUUGCCUCGACCUACACGAGCCUGCCGUCUGCAAGUACUGUGGCCUUCGUUAUGUUCAAGAUCAUCAUCACUAAAGGCAACAUUCCGCAAGUGAAAACAUAACUAGUCUCUCUCCGUUUUUUUUAAUUGCAUUGUCUCAAGUUUGUGUAUCGCUUCUAUGAUGAUGCUCCGACAUCUUCAGAUAUCAUAUAUCUAAUAAAGGAUUCGAUCAAAUACAGGCAAGUGUGACUUUGUUUGAUCGCACUUGUCAGGUUGUUAACAUCCAAUAUUUUAUAUUUUCCAUGCCACUGAUCUCAAAUAAGGCUUGGGGAUUUGCUACA